CAUACCUGUAAUAUGAGAGUAUGUCUAUAUGUUUUAAAUAGAAGGAAGUAAAUUGGUGGUCUGACACCUAUGGAAGAUAUGAUGUUGAUGAAACUGCUUGUAAUUUUGCUCCGACUAGUGAUAACUUUAGCAAGUUAUGGAACAGCAGGCGAUGAUAUGCAAUGUCCAGCAGCAAGUUAUGGUACAGCAGGAGAUGAUAUACAAUGUCCAGCAGUCCAAGGUACAGCAAGGACACCUGAAUGUUUGCAUUUUAGUUCAAAAACACCGGGAAACCACCAUAUAUCGCAAGGCUUUGGAAAAAGGAUCCCAAAGCCAACUGGAACAGGAAAUGAAUGUUCCCACAAUCUUAGUCAUUGGCUCUGGCAUGAAACGGAACAUUUUAGAACGUGGGCAAUGAAUUCAACCUUUGUGACAGGAGUAAGAGACGGAACUUUGCAUCCAACAUCAUUUGGUAUAUUCAUGCUUCAAGAUGCAAUUUUCUGCUUAGAAAUGUCCAAAUCUUUUCAAGUGGCAGCAAAUCAACUGAGUAAUGGCUCGCUUAAAUCGUUACUUGAACAUGAAGUGAAAUCUUAUAAGCGGUGUGGUGAUGAACUCUUAACACAAUGGCAUAUUCGAAAUGCACAUGCCAUUGUCGUAGGAGCUGAAUGUCAGGAAUACAUUGAUAAUCAUGUAAAUGCGACUAGAGAUGACCACCCAAUUUAUGGAAUUGUAGCAGCCAUUCCAUGUCUACGUCUAUGGCCAUGGAUAGGGCAGCAAAUAAACUUACAAAACCAUCAAUAUGGAGUUUAUACAGACUGGGUGAAUUAUAACUUUGAUCCAACCUACGACGGCUACAAGAAAUUAGAAGUUAUGACGAAUGAAUUCUACGCUAAAGGGCUAAUAGACAAGGAUAAAGCAUUACAUUAUUACGCUAAAAGUAUUAAAGGUGAAGCUGCCUUUUUCGAUUCUGUGAAACCUUGAACACAAUAAACAAGAUUUCAGGCAACAA